AUGUGUCAAGCCAUUCGUCUCAUGUGCUCGUGCGCGACGGCACGAGACGCUAUAUUGAAAUGCAAUGAGUACUACAAAACUGGUAUCGAAUGUGAGAUCACCAAUAAAGAUGAUCCCAAGUCCGAAAAGCUCUGCGUGGCAGUGUAUGAUAAUAAAUGUAUCAACAUCGACUGCAAGUAUUCGAGUCCCGAGAUCAAGCAAGCGAUCCAGGACGAAAACAAUCGCAAAGAACAAAAGAUCCGGGCUUCUUUAUUGAAAAUCGAGGCAUGUUUGGCAGCGGAGAAUGUCGCGAAGGCGAGCAACGCCUCGGUGGCUGAACCUGAUUCAGUCCGUCCUCGAGGCGAAGACGAAGCCAGCCCCAUAGUCAUCACAGAUAACGAAGACGAAGACCUUACAAGCGCCACAGUCAUCUCAGACGAUGACGACGACGGAGACCACGAGGAGAUGCAAAACAGCGAGCUCAUGCCCGCAGGAGAAGUUGAACCUCAUCUAGAUACGGCCACUCCUGCACGAGGCCAGCAUGCCAGCGAGAGCAUGCCCGCCAGCAUCCCCGAGCCCCAUGCAGAGAAGGCUACAGUCGAAUUCUCAAGGAUUCUACUCAAUGCUGAAGCUUUCCAGCUAUCAGAAGUCAUAGGCAAAACAACCCAUCGCUACUACAAGUCGCCCGUCACCCAAAUCAACGGCGGACAAUGGGCCUUGCCCGUGCCGUCGCCAGGAGCGCCAUUCGGCUCAUUCCAGCAGGGCGGAUAUGCCCGUCCUACCGCGGACCAGCAGACCGUCACUCCGCCAAAGGAGACAGGAGGACAGGAAGCCAUGCGGCCUACCCUGAGCUCGUCUUAUAAAGCGACCCUGGACCUGAUGAAGGCGCGGACCCCGGGUGCCAGAGCCCUAUCAACGAAAAAUUCGGUCCCUCGACAGCCUCCGCGGAUGCCGCCGUCUCGGUACAAUAUGACGAGCCAAGCAUACUGGUUUACUCCUCAACCGCCAAUGUCGAUGCCGAAUCCUAGUGUACAGCCGAACAAUCUGCAAACCGUUUACGGGCUGCAGCAGAAUAAUGGCAGCUACCACAGCAAUCCACAGGGCCAGCGGUUCACGGCAACGCAACAGAGCUUCAGCAGAACGCCUCAAGGCUCAGUCUUCCACAACAAUGCAUCGAUGGGCUGCGAAAUGCCCACCUUCUAUCAAUACAAUACGGCGAUCCCGUCCCAGGGCCUCUCACUCCAGAAUGGCUAUAUUGCUAAUCCCGGGAUCUCCCAACAAACAUCCCCUGCCUUUGGUACCGAUUUCAGUCUGAACCGGCAGGAUGCUAGUCUCUUUGGCCUUCCUCUCUUCAGCUUUCCGAAUAGCUACCAAACCGUCUCGCAACAAGCAGCACCGACAGAUUUCCACCCCGUGGCUGCUGCCUCAAGCUAUAAAAACCACCAUCCUCCGCACCUCUACUCACAGAGCCCAAUGUUCCAGCAGACACCACGAAUUGCCCCGGGAGCGCCGUCUGGAUCCUCCGCCUCCGGUCUCAAGAGACCACACUCCGCCAUCUCCAGCGACUCUUGUCUUACAGGACUGUCUCCACUGGCAUCGGGCAGGUAUGAUAAUAAGGGACUGGUGAAUACGGUCCAGUCGCCGCUGGGAGGAGGCGAGCGCCAAUCCAAGCGCCAGAAGCAAUCGAGAAUGUAG